AUGCCUAUCCCUCCAAUUAUAUCCAAUAUUGUACGUACACAUUUAGUCAAUAUGAGACACGAAUUUACUCCCAUACCCAAUACGAAUUCGACAGUCAACAUGCCUUUCUUUGAAGAGGCAGAUCUGAAUGAACUUCUAGAAAAUGCAACCAAUAUAAUUCAAAGCGAACUUGUUAUAUUAAAUCUUUUUGCCCCGGUAAUAUUAAUUGGAGCUUUACAAGGCGAUAUCUUUCAAUUAUACGGUAUAUUAUCAAGAUUCGGUUUACCGCCAACAAGAACAUAUUGCUUUUUAGGCAAUAUGAUUGAUGACGGAGACUUUUCCCUCGAAACAAUUACUUUCAUUUUAGCCUUAAAGGUCGUUUACCCAAGAAAUAUUUACAUUAUCCGCGGAAAGAACGAAUUUGAACAAGUAGCAAAGGGUCGAACAUUCUUCAAUGAGAUUCAAGAAUACUAUCCUCAAUCUACAAACCUUUUCGAUCGAUUUAUGACCGCUUUUUCUUAUCUUCCUAUAGCAGCAAUUUUCUUCCAAAACAUAUUUUGCAUUCAUGGAGGUCUAUUUCCUGAAUUUACUCAAGUUCAACAGCUUUUAAGCGUUCAACGUCCACUUACUACUAUUGACUCGUCAAAUCUCGGAAUCUUUUUCAGCGAGCCAUCGACACAUAUAAAAGACUAUUACCAAAGGAAUUCUCGUUACGUAUUCGGAGAAGCCGCUUUUGAGAAAUUUAUGAAACUAAAUGAACUGACUUUAUUUGUCAGAACAAGUUCACCGCUUAACGCAGGUUAUAUGUAUCAGUUUGAAGAAAAACUAUUAACCCUUACGAAAUCUGCUGUUCUUGCCGUUUUCGGUUCCAAUGAUUAUAAAGCCAUCAAAUUGCCAAUCAACUCUAAGUUUACCCGUGCGGAUGUUCAGAUUGUACCUUACUCAAAGAUUGCGAAUGAGAACAAACAACUCCAAAUCUCCCAAAUGCCAAAAGUAGCCUCAAUCGCAACAACGAAUAGGAAGACAUCGAUGCGAAUUUUAGACUCUUCUAGAGAUGCAAUUCCAUCUGGUCACCCUAUUUUGACUAUCUACAACGGUACGGACAAAUUGUCUCAAAUUUCUAGAAUCAGAACUUAUGUGACCUCGCGUCCUGUUACUCGUAUUGAGACUUUUUAUUGA